AAUACUUAGAGAUGUUUCCAAAUGCCUCUGAAGGUCUCCGCCCCUUUCACAUUCUUCGCUCGGGCAGCCGCGGGUGUGCGUCCGCGGACACCUGCGCCCGGGGCACCCGGGGGCCGCGAAGCCGCAGUUUGGGGCGGCACCUCCGGCGAGGGCCGGGCGCGUGGCCAGCCGCCGCGUGGAGCCUGUCCACGGGGCCUGCCCGGCCCCCUUCCUUCCCCGCGGGCCCAGCUCGAGCCCGACCCGGCCUGCCCCUCAAGGCCCGGGCGCUCCCGGCGCCUCCACGCCCCGUGCAAGGCCACCCAGGCCUGGGGACGCCCGCGGCCCUCCAGCUCCCGGGCCUUCGGCGCCCAGAACCCGGCAACACGUGGAGUCUCCGCGCGAAGAGCGCGCACCACCGAGUCGAGUCCUCCGCGUGCCAGACAAGCCGCUUCCUCUCUGUGGUUAGUGGGGCAGGCCGGCGGAGAGCUCGCAAGGCCUGCCGGUCCGGCGCCAAGCUUCCGGUCCCGGAGGCGGGCUUCCGGUCCGGCUGGGAGCCGGCGGGGCUCGGGCGCGGCGGCGGCAUGUCUCAGGAGCGCGAGGAGCCGGCGAGCGCCGUGUCCCUGGGGGAGGUGAGGAGCUGGCCGGAGGCGCUGUGCCGCCGGGAGCUGCCGUCUGUCCUGCCCCAGCUGCUGUCUAUGUAUCAGCAUUCUGACAACUGGAUGGAGCAUAUUCAAAUUCUGAAAGUUAUUGUGGAAAUGUUUUUACCUCAUAUGAACCACCUGACACUGGAAGAGACUUUGUUCUCACAAGUGCUGCCAAAGACUGUGGAAUUAUUUGAUGACAUGAUGUGUGAAUUAACCAGUCACGCUAGAGGAUUAUCAAGCCAAAACGUAGAAAUCCAGACCACUCUAAGGAAUAUUUUACAAACAAUGGUGCAGCUCCUAGGAGCUCUUUCAGGAUGCGUUCAGCAUGUUUGUGCCACCCAGGAAUCCAUCGUUCUGGAGAGUAUCAAUAGUCUGCCCUCCUCAGUCCUUCAUGUAAUCAAAAGUACAUUUGUACAUUGUAAGAAUAGUGAAUCUGUCUAUUCUGGGCAUUUACACCUUGUUUCAGACCUCCUCCAAGCUCUCUUCAAGGAGGCCUAUUCUCUUCAAAAGCAGCUAAUGGAACUGCUGGAUAUGGUUUGCGUGGACCCUUUAAUAGAUGAGAGUGACGACAUUCUGAAUAUGGUAGUAGUUAUUCAUUCAUUGUUGGAUAUCUGCUCUGUCAUUUCCAGUAUGGACCAUGCGUUUCAUGCCAAUACUUGGAAAUUUAUAAUUAAGCAGAGCAUUAAGCACCAGGCAGUGAUAAAGAGUCAGCUAAAACACAGCGCCGUGGUCAGUAGCUUGUGUGAGGACACUCUUCUCUCCUUCCACUCCUGUGUGCAGCUGGCCGAGCAGACGGCAGAGUCAGACGCACAGGAUAAUGUUGAUUACAGAUUAUUUCAGAAAACGCUCAAAUUGUGUCGCUUCUUUGCCAACUCCCUUUUGCACUAUACUAAGGAAUUUCUUCCUUUCCUUUCUGAUUCCUGCUGUGCGUUGCACCAGCUUUAUCUCCAGAUACACAGCAAGCUCCCUCCAAGCCUGUAUGCUGCCAGGAUUCCGGACCCCCAGCAGGAAGAAAUAGCAGCUGCUUUCCUGGUGACGCUGGACCUCCUCAUCAGUCAGCUCCUCACAUUCCAACCUUUUGUGCAAGUGGUUUUGGACAGUAAAUUAGAGCUCCCAUGUGAACGGCAGCUUCCACAGUGUCUCCUGCUGGUUGUCAUCCUGGAGAAGCUGCCCUCCCAGCCGGAGGGUGUGCAGGCCCUGUGGUGCACCGAAGGCCAGCGCUCAGGAGCCUCAGCCAGGCUCUCCCUCCUCGGCGCUGUUUUCUUCAGUUUCGAGCAGUGUUCUGCCGAGCUCUCCCUGCCCGUCCGUCUCCAGGGAGCGCAGGGCCGGGGGCGAGCCACCCUCUACCAGCACGUCUGUGUUCGUCUGUGCGCCUUCAUUGCUUCCGCCCACCCCUCCCUGUUCCCUCAGCUGGACGCUGCCCUGCUGGAUGCGGUGCUCAGCACGCACAUGAUCACCUCUCUGCUCGCCAUGGACGCCUGGUGUUUCCUCGCCCGGUAUGGGACAGCGGAGCUCUGUGCCCACCACGUCACCGUAGUGGCUCACCUGAUAAAGUCUUGCCCUGGAGAGUGUCACCAGCUCACCAGCCUGUCGGUGCUAUUGAGGCGGCUCCUCUUUCUCAUGGCCCCCCCACAGCAGGUGGAGUUUCUCCAGAACUUCUCCCCAAGAGUGGCAGCAAAUCUGCCGCUGUGGCAGUGUGUCUCCUUCCAGGCGUUUCCCGCUGAACUCAGGGGACGGGCUGCGCGCGAGGUCUGCAGAGCGGGUGCCGACCAGGGCCGGGAGUGGCUGAGCGGCCCCCGCCGUCUGGGAGAGCUUGCGGGCCUGAACACGCUGCUGUCCGCCUUGCUCGCCGUGUGCGCCUCUGCCGGUGACGCUCUGGACAGCGCGCAGCAUGCCGCAGUGGUGGACGUCGGGAGCCGGCUCUGGGCGCUUCUGGACGUUAAACUGGUAACAAGUCAACCUUACGUUCAGCAGACACUCAGCCUUCUGUGUCCACUGCUGGGAUUUUUCAUUCAAACUCUAGAUCCUCAGCUGAUCAGCCAGACCCAGACCGCUAGUGUCCUGGGCUGCGGGCGCAGCUGCGUCUGCCCCCAGCCUCGUUUCUGUCAGCUGCCCAGGAAGAGGCCUGCGGCGGGGCUGAGCUGCGCCAGUGCUGCCUCAGCAGCCGUGGCCGCGGGCUGUACGCAGCCUGGACUCUGCCGCCCUCACGUUCCUCUGGAGACGUGAAGUGACUGAGCAGCAGCACCGCGGAGCUGCCCCUUCCGGCCCCAGUGUGCGCAGCCUGACCGGAGCAGCAGGGUCACAGCCGGGGGGUCUUUGGAGUGCUGCCUGGAUGUGCCCCGGUUUUGGAGGCUUAAAGCUGAUGGAGAGAGAAAAUUGGAAAAGGCCUUCAUCUCAUCUGAAGCAAUUUAGCAGCUUUGAGCGGGUCCGUUCUGGACAGAAUUGAUCGCCAAAUUCAAAGUGGUUUAAGCUUAGUUGUAUAAGAAGCAAAACGGUCACGGGGUGAACCGAGCGCGCCCUGCUUGGGUGGGAGGGGGACGCCCGCACACGGUUCUGUGCAUGGUGGGAAGAGGCUCGAGGGACGCCCGGGUUCAGUGACCCUGGGGAGGGGUUGGGUGCGUGAAGAUCUCAGCAGUGCCAGAUUUACAAAAGGUGCGUGUUGUUACGUAGGUUGUGAUACAGAUGACUAAAUCACAAAUGAGGAGUACAGUAAAUCGACUAAAAUUUUGAUUCUGAAGGUUCUAAUAAUUUUGAAAAAUUAAAUACGGGUAAUUUUUAUGUGAUUGUACCCACCUUUAAAAAACCCAGAUGUAAAAUUUCAAGUAAGUGAAUUGUUUAUUUAGGCAUUGCUUCCUUUAUGGAAGAUUCAGUGAUUGGCAAACUGCCCUCCUGUUUUCAGCACGAGAGCAAAGAGUGAUUUUUACAUUUUUAAAGGCUUAUAAAAACAAAACAAUGUGUGGCAAGGAGCGUGUUGCCUGCAAAGCCUGGAGUAUUUGCCAUCCGGCCCCCGACAGAAAAGUCUGACAGCCCAUGCUUUAAAUAGUGAACUUCUCUCACUAGACUUUAAACCACAACGUAAUUCCUAAAGACUUGGAAGAAGAGCACCUGGUAUAGUUUUUAGGAACCUCCUUCCCCUAAUCCGUACUUGGCCGGUUGCCGGAACACUAAGAACUGACUGUGUCAUUUGGUUGUUCUCAGAUUCUGCUUGGGAGGUUCGGGUUCUGCUCGCCCUCCCCCACCCCCUGCCCCCAUCAGAACCUUAGUUCAUGGCUCUGCCGAGUGUGGGUGCUCAGUGCUGACUGUCCCCUGGCCCCCGCCCCCAGGGGGUCGCCUUGCAGGCCUCUCUGCUGCAGCGGGAGCCCCCCGACCACGUCUGCUUGGCGGUGCUGGAAUUCGUGGCUUCUCUGGGGAGACUCUUCAUGC